UCUCUCUCAGCCUCUCUUAUCUGUCUCCGCAACUUCUCUCUAUCCCUCGCUCUAUAUCUCUCUGUCUAACCGCUGCGAAUCCCUCCUUUACAAUAGAGAGGGGCAACGGUCGAAGAGGGGCUUGCAUUCGAAAUCUCAGCGGAAUGCUGUGUUUUCAAAAUCACGAGGAUUCGGAUUACAUCCAAACCCAACCUCCCAAACGCACCCUAAAGCAUCCUAAUCCCUCCCAAACCUCACUGCCAAACGAAAUCUAAAAGCAGCAUAAAUGUAAAAGGGAUCAUAGAAGAACAAACAAAUAGCAGACAGAGGAACAAGAUUGGGUGUGAUGGCGUUCCGUGCCCCACCGCUCAAUGGCUUCUACUGCCGGCGAAAUCCGAUGGUUUUCUUCCGCGCAUUCGCGUCUGUAGUUUCUCCGCCAUCCAAGGCUGUCGUCUAUGAACGGCAUGGCCCACCAGACGAAGUUACAAGGGUGAUUGACCUUCCUCCAGUAGAACUGAAAGAGCAUGAUAUCUGCGUCAAAAUGCUUGCAGCUCCAAUCAAUCCUUCGGAUAUCAAUAGAAUAGAAGGUGUGUACCCAGUGAGGCCUCCAGUGCCUGCAAUUGGAGGAUACGAAGGUGUGGGCGAAAUACAAGCUUUAGGGUCUGCAGUGAGGGGUCUCUCUCUUGGCGAUUGGGUCAUACCGUCUCCUCCAUCCUUUGGGACAUGGCAGACUUACAUUGUAAAAGAGGAGAGUGUCUGGCACAAAAUCGACAAGGACGUUCCUAUGGAGUUUUCUGCUACAGUGACUGUAAAUCCCUUGACAGCUUUGCGGAUGCUGGAAGAUUUUGUUAAGCUGGUUCCUGGAGAUGCUAUCGUGCAAAAUGGUGCUACGAGUAUUGUUGGACAAUGUAUUAUUCAGCUGGCACGAAUUCGAGGCAUCCGUAGCAUAAAUAUCAUCAGAGACAGGGUUGGGUCAGAAGAAGCUAAAGAAAAACUCAAGGGACUUGGUGCAGAUGAGGUAUUUACGGAAAGCCAGUUAGAAGUGAAGAAUGUCAAGGAUCUUCUGGGUGUUCUACCUGAACCUGCACUGGGAUUCAACUGCGUAGGGGGAAAUCCUGCUUCCUUAGUCCUGAAAUUUUUAAGGCAAGGAGGGACUAUGGUAACUUAUGGUGGUAUGGCAAAGAAACCCAUCACUGUAUCUACCUCAUCUUUCAUAUUUAAGGAUCUUGCAUUGCGAGGGUUCUGGUUACAGAAGUUGAUGAGUACGGAAAAUGCAAAAGAUUGUAGAGUGAUGAUAGAUUACCUUUUGAGUCUAGUUUGUGAUGGGAGCUUCAAAUAUGAGUUGGAGAUGGUUCCUUUCAAGGAUUUCAAUGUAGCACUGGAUAGGGCGCUUGGAAAACUAGGUAGCCAUCCAAAACAGGUUAUUAAAUUUUAACCUAAUGAGCUAUUUGCGUACAUCUUCAAGAACAUCUGCUUGGAACUCUGUUGAAGAAAGUGAUGGAUAUGUUACUGUAAGUUGUUUGAUGCUGUUUUGGCAAUGGUUUUCUUGCAGUCUGCAGAGCUACCAUGCUUCCACCAUAUACACCUGUUGCCCUUUGGUAAUUCCAAUAAUUUGUUUGGUGGGCUCGACCUUGUAUGGGCUGUUGCGGAAAAAUCUUGUUGAUUGGUCAAUCCUAGUUGUUCAUCCAUUAGAAUUUCA